CACCAUGGAACACACCACCAAGACGAGGGGUCAGGCGAGAGAUGCGUUCAUCCUAUCCUAGUUAGGCUACUUGCUAUUCGUCUGUAUCGGGGUUGAUCUCUUGUUUUUAUUGUGUAGGCCUAGAUUCUACACAAAUAAAACUUGACGCAUGAGUGUACCCUGCCAUACCGAUAAGAAAAGCUCUGAGUUUUGAGACAGUUGGCCUAGAGUUUAGCUUAGUAGGCCUAGGCUAGGACUGGCCAAGCUGUCACUGCUGAGACAUAACAGCGUAGACCAAUCAUCUUUAAGCUGUGCAAAACGUAAACACGAGUCGAGUGUUUUCCACACACUGUUUUCUCUGCGGAUUGUGGAAGAUUCGUGUGAAUUGUAAUUAGAUCUAGCCUAGGCUAAGCAUCCUGGUCCUCUACCAGUCUGCGUUUUCAUGAAACUAUGAAACCUGGGCUAGCUGACUGAGUGGACACGAACGAAUAAGGAAACUUGGAAAUGAGUGCCUCUCAUGCAGUCUGUCAUAUGGACAGCCGUGUUGUGAGUCCAAACGGCGUGGAUGCCUCCAAUUCAGCUGUACCAAUGAAUGGCAGUAUUCCCCAACCAACAGAGAUGAUGGCGGCUGUGGAAAAAGAAAAUGGAUGUGAAUCCACCACCAUACAGAAGGAUGAACGUGGAAAAAUGGGCCGCAAUUCAUUAAAACAAGAUAUGCAAGAAUUGUAUGAAAGUGUCACAGAUCCAAUCGAAAAGACAGAUUCAGAUGUCAAGGACUUUUUUAAGGUUUUGAAAAACCACAGCCUGAUGAGCAAAGUGGUCUACGUUAUGACCGUGGUCUCCAUUGUGGUGGUGUCCCACUUUGUCCUGGCGGUGCAGUGGCUUCUUCCUUAUUAUUACUCCAUCGCAACUCCUGUGCUGCUUCUGAGUCGGCUCGUGAUGUACUGGAAAAUGAAGUACCAGUAUUUCCUGUUGGACUUCUGCUACUUCGCAAACAUUUACUGGUACACUUACAUAUGGGUUAUCCCGAGCCGAGAGGACAUAUUUGCUGUUGGUUUUGCAGUCGCCAACGGGCCUUUAAUCUGGGCGCUGUUCGUGUUCCGGAAUUCUUUAGUGUUUCACAGCCUGGACAAAGUGACCUCCUUGUACAUUCAUGUCCUUCCCAGCUUGAUGUCCUUUGUAAUCCGGUGGUAUCCUGAAGAAACGGGCAAAUACUGGUACAAAGACUUCCCACAAUGCCACCUCGGAGUGUCCUUUGUCUGGCUUGUUGCUGUACCUUUCGGUUUUGCCGUCUCCCACCAGAUCUUUUAUGGUGUUUUAGUCAACUUGGUUUUGAAGCCUUCGGAAGAAUACUUGAUUCUCUAUCGCUAUGUGACAUCUGACGAGAAUUCUUUCAUGUUCCGUGCCUGCAAUUUGUUGGGAUCAAAGUUCCGGUUCCUUCUGUAUACAGUCUGGUGGCUGGCGCUGGUCCUGGGAAUGCUGUUCUUCAACCUGAUAUGGUACAACUACUUUGCCGCCCACUGCGCCCUCUUGGUCACAUUCCUCAUCGUUGCUUUUUUUAACGGCUCCACGUAUUACAUCGACGUUUUCCGAUUCCAGGGACCUUCAAAGUCCAAAUCUAUAGAACUCCUGUCGCCCGAAGAGGGCACUGUUAUCUUUGCCAAAACUGAUUCCGAUGAAAAUAAUGUGACUGUUGUACCGUGCACGAAUGGAAUCAAGGGUUACGGGUCUGCUUUGUGAUCGGGGACAGUUCUACUUUGUGAUUGGGUAUGUUGUCGAGCACGCUGACAGUGAUAUCGGCGAGAUGCGGAAAUCUUUUCAUCGUGUGAAAGAUCUGCUAAUCUUUUCAUCGUGUGAAAAAUCUGCUAUACGUCUAUGUCGCGACCUCAAUGCUUUCUUGUCGUAUCUCCAUUUUAAAAAAGGUUAAAAUGUGACUUUUUCUUAAGCUCACUCUUUGUUAUGAACUGUUUUUAACUGUUAUUAAAAAUGGAGAGAUAUGACAAGAAAGCACUGAGGUCACAAUGUUUUGAAUACAGGGAAUAUACAUCUAUUAGAAAAGAUUUGGGACCUGAAAAUCUGUUGGCUCUCUACGUGUCUGCUGUGUGUGUGCCAGGCUAUAUUUGUCAUAAUAGUCUAUAUGGGAAUUGCAGACCCGCCAAAGACUGAUAAAAUCAGAACCCUCCAAUUUUAUUUUUACCCAUGGAAGAAUUGUGAUUGGAUUUACGUUAAAUCCGGUUUAUUUCUUAAACUCCUCCAUUUCUAUUUAUCGUACACCGCCUAUCAUAAAUGACGUGAAAGUAGACGGGUUUGUCUGUUAUAUUUGCACAACUUAUCAUAAAUGUCUUGAAAAUGGGCAAUUUUAUGUUCUUAUUUGCAUUUACUUACAAUAUAUGUUUUUUGCCAUAGUCGAUUUGUAAUGCAGUCGAACCUGUGAAAGACGGAAUUGCAAGGGAGCCAGAAAAAUUUUUUGUCUCAGACAGGGGAAUUCAGUGGGGGAGAUGGAGGGGGGGUUUCAAAGGCUCAGCCAGUGGGAUCAAGGGUCGCUUGUCUGGUCGGC